AUGUAUGAACAAGAUAUAUUUGAUUUUAUUGUUGUUGGAGCCGGCCCUGCGGGAUGUACACUAGCAGCCACACUAAGCAAAUCUGCCGCCAAGCCUCGCGUGCUUCUACUAGAGGCGGGUGGGAAAAAUGACGAUGAAUCUCAGCGUGUAGACGGGAAACGCUGGACAACUUUCAUGGGUGAGAACAUGAACUGGGGCUACAAAACUACGCCUCAAGCAGCAUGUGAUGGGCGAGAAAUUGAUUACUCGCGCGGAAAGGGAUUGGGUGGUGGCUCAGCGAUCAAUUUCGGUGUUUACACUGUCGGCGCAAAGGACGAUUACGAUACAUGGGCUGAGGAUGUAUCUGAUGACACUUUUGGAUGGGAAGCCAUGCAGCAGCGGUUUAAGCGUCUUGAGACAUUCGAUGGUUCCAUCGAUCUCCCCGAAAACCACAAGUAUGCGCAGCCGAAGUCGCAAGACCAUGGCGACCAGGGUGGUUUGAAGGUCGGGUUUGCGAAAGAAUGGGAGCAGGAUCUGCCUCUUGUUCUGGAUCAGCUUGAAGAGGCUGGACUGGAGCGGAAUUUCGAUCAUAAUUCUGGCAAUCCCCUCGGAAUGGGGUUGCUGAUCAAUUCUGCUGGGAAAGGACGCAGAAGCACUGCUGUUGAUCUGUUAGUUGGUGCUGGAGAUAAUCUGGUCAUUGUUACGGAUACACCAGUUCAACGAGUUGUGUUCGAAAAUAAGAAGGCCAUUGGCGUUGAGACCAAAGCCAAGAGGUAUCUUGCCAGCAAAGAAGUAAUCCUAUCAACCGGAUCACUUGAUUCACCCAAGAUUCUCAUGCACUCGGGCAUUGGCCCCGCUUCCGAGUUGAAUAAGUUCGACAUCCCAGUGCUUCAAGACUUGCCCGCAGUCGGCCAAGGGCUAAAAGACCAUUUUUUUGCACCAAUCAUCCUAAUGCGGAAGCCUGAAACAAACGAUCGCAACACAUUUUAUGGCUCGGAAUCGGCCAUGGAUAACGCUGUCACGCAAUGGGAUAAAGACAACACAGGACCCUGGACUCGGUAUGGAUGCCAGGUUGGAUGUGGAUGGUUCAAAUCCGAUCGAGUAACGUCCUCCGAGGAGUUUAAGGACCUCCCUGAACCAGUGCAAGCUUUCAUGAACAAGGCAACAAUCCCUCAGUACGAGAUUCUCAGCGGGUUCCCGGUUCACAAUAUUUUCCCUCAGCUGUUCCAAGACUACAGCUACAUCUGCUUGCUCGCAUUCCUGAUGAAUGAGCAAUCUAUUGGCGAGGUGCGAUUGCAAUCAGCCAACCCAGAUGAUCCUCUUCUGUUCGAUCCCAAGGUGCUGGAACACCCGUUCGACCAGCGCGCGGUUGUUGAAAUCUACAAGCAUCUCCUUGAGCUGACCCAGCACUCAUCCUUUGCGAAAGAUACCGUAUCCACGGUGUUGGCGCCGGAAUCCGAAAGCGAUGAAGACAUUCUGAAAUUCUGGAAAGCCAAUGCGUCAUCCAGCUGGCAUAUGACCGGGACGGUGAAGAUGGGCAAAGAAGGAGACAUCCAUGCGGCGGUUGACAGCCGCUUCCAGGUGUUUGGAGUUGCGAAUCUUCGUGUCGCGGAUAUGAGCGUUGUGCCUGUGUUGACAAACAACCAUACACAGGCCACCGCAUAUGUGACGGGUGCUACCUGUGCAGAUGUUUUGAUUCGGGAGUAUAGUUUGGAUCAGUAA